GGCAAGACCCACGAAUUUUCCUGAGCUGUCGUCUUGCCAGAGGCACAAAGUCGAGGAGAGAGAGCUCGUGGAACCAGAUCUCUCUCUCUCUCUCUCUUCUCUCAUUUUGAUUUUUGAAUUUUCAGCAAUCGCAGAAGUCGUCGGCCGCGUUGCAUCGGACCACUUGCCCGAUUCUCUUUCGUCACCAUCCAGCAACAACCCUUGUUUCAAAUUUCUUAAUUUCCGCCGGAUUUAUAAUCGCAGAUUGAUUCUGAUCGGAGACAUCCCCGAGAGAUAGGGUUAUCAAAAGGAGAGACCUUUUUGUUGUGACCGAGAUUGACUUCAAUUGUCUUCCGAUUCGAUAGAUUUUAGGGAUAAUGGAGUCGGACAAUGGGAAGGGGUUGAUACUAGCUGUAGCGUCAAGUGUUUUCAUUGGUUCCAGCUUCAUUCUUAAGAAGAAAGGUCUCAAACGAGCUGGUGCUAUUGGUACCCGUGCAGGAUAUGGAGGUUAUACUUACUUAUUAGAGCCGCUUUGGUGGGCAGGGAUGGUUACCAUGAUUGUUGGAGAAGCUGCAAACUUUGUGGCUUACAUUUAUGCUCCCGCUGUACUCGUUACUCCUCUCGGUGCACUAAGUAUAAUUAUCAGUGCUGUUUUGGCACAUUUUCUAUUGAAGGAAAAACUUAAGAAAAUGGGGGUUCUCGGAUGUGUGUCUUGCAUCGUUGGGUCUGUUGUUAUUGUCAUACACGCUCCUAAGGAGCAGACUCCUAAUUCCGUUGAAGAAAUAUGGAAUCUGGCUACUCAGCCAGCUUUUCUAAUCUACGUAGCCAUAACCAUGUCGAUUGUCCUUGCUUUAAUUCUGCACUUUGAACCCCUGUGCGGCCAAACAAACAUUCUGGUUUAUAUCGGAAUCUGUUCGUUAAUGGGUGCUCUCACUGUUAUGAGCAUAAAGGCUAUUGGAAUUGCGAUAAAAUUAACAAUGGAGGGAGUAAGCCAGAUCGGGUAUCCACAGACAUGGCUUUUUGUCAUGGUUGCGGUAACCUGUGUCGUUACACAAUUGAUUUACCUAAACAAGGCUUUGGACACAUUCAACGCAGCCAUUGUUUCUCCAGUAUACUAUGUAAUGUUCACAACCCUCACAAUAGUUGCUAGUGCAAUAAUGUUCAAGGACUGGUCUGGGCAAGACGCAGCCAGCGUAGCCUCUGAGUUAUGUGGAUUCAUCACUGUGCUCACAGGCACAAUGAUACUCCAUGGCACAAGAGAAGAGGAACAACAACAAGCUUCUUCAGAACAAGUAAGAUGGUACGACUCGAGAAAGAGCAUGAACGAAGAACAUCUGAUAAGUCUGUACAGUCCUGAAUACUAGGAAGAACAUCUCUCUAGACUCCUAAUAGAUUGAAUGAAUAUUUGCCAAGAACAAGCCUCAGGGAUCUUAAAACUGGAUCAAUCAACAAAUCUGAGGGGGAUGAUAUCGGUCGAGUUCGUUUUUGUAUUGUUUGUGGUCUCUGUACAGACAAAAAAGCUUGUCUAGUUAAAAAACUUGACAUUCUUUAGUUUUGAUCUGUGUCUCUUCUUAGUACAGUUACAGGUGGUCUUCUUAUCUGGACUUUUGUCCAAAUUUACUGUUAUAUAUUUAUAUAUGUAUCUUCAUUCUUCUAGGAUGAAAUAUUCCUUAAUUGUAUCUCAAUUGAAUGAAAAAAAUAAGUUAAAAGUUUGAUUAGAA